GGCGGGGGAGGGAGGGCUCCACGGACGGACGCACGAACCGAUCGAGCGAGGGAGGGAGAGAGCGAGACUUCGCCGGCGAAGAGGAGCCGCGCAAGCGGCGGCUGCUGGGCGCUUCCCCGCGCGGCUGGGCGCUCGGCGCCUCCGCGGCCCCCGGUUCCCGGCCGCAGCUCCCUCGCGCGCGCGGAGCGCGGGGCCCGGGCUUGCUUCACCGAAGGGGUUGCUGAACUAACUCCAAGCUGGUGUGCAACGUGUCUGCACAGCUGCCGGCCCAGGAGCUGGAGUGGCCAUGGCGGCCGGAGUUGCAGCCUGGCUGCCCUUUGCCCGGGCGGCGGCCAUCGGGUGGAUGCCGGUGGCCAACUGCCCCAUGCCUCUGGCCCCGGCCGACAAAAACAAGCGGCAGGAUGAACUAAUUGUCCUCAACGUGAGCGGGAGGAGGUUCCAGACCUGGAGGACCACGCUGGAGCGCUACCCCGACACGCUGCUGGGCAGCACGGAGAAGGAGUUCUUCUUCAACGAGGACACCAAGGAGUACUUCUUCGACCGGGACCCCGAGGUGUUCCGCUGCGUGCUCAACUUCUACCGCACGGGAAAGCUGCACUACCCGCGCUACGAGUGCAUCUCAGCCUACGACGACGAGCUGGCCUUCUACGGCAUCCUCCCGGAGAUCAUUGGUGACUGCUGCUACGAGGAGUACAAAGACCGCAAGAGGGAGAACGCCGAGCGCCUCAUGGACGACAACGACUCGGAAAACAACCAGGAGUCCAUGCCCUCACUCAGCUUCCGCCAGACCAUGUGGAGGGCCUUCGAGAACCCGCACACCAGCACCCUGGCCCUGGUCUUCUACUAUGUGACUGGCUUCUUCAUCGCCGUCUCGGUCAUCACCAACGUGGUGGAGACGGUGCCCUGCGGCACGGUCCCGGGCAGCAAGGAGCUGCCGUGUGGGGAGCGCUACUCGGUGGCCUUCUUUUGCCUGGACACCGCCUGCGUCAUGAUCUUUACGGUGGAGUACCUGCUCCGGCUCUUUGCCGCGCCCAGCCGCUACCGCUUCAUCCGCAGCGUGAUGAGCAUCAUCGACGUGGUGGCCAUCAUGCCCUACUACAUCGGCCUGGUCAUGACCGACAACGAGGACGUGUCCGGGGCCUUUGUCACGCUCCGUGUCUUCCGCGUCUUCAGGAUCUUCAAGUUCUCCCGCCACUCCCAGGGCUUGCGGAUCCUGGGCUAUACACUGAAGAGCUGUGCCUCUGAGCUCGGUUUCCUCCUCUUCUCCCUCACCAUGGCCAUCAUCAUCUUUGCCACUGUGAUGUUUUAUGCCGAGAAGGGCUCCUCGGCCAGCAAGUUCACGAGCAUCCCUGCCUCUUUUUGGUACACCAUUGUCACCAUGACCACACUGGGGUAUGGAGACAUGGUGCCCAAGACGAUUGCAGGGAAGAUCUUCGGCUCCAUCUGCUCCCUGAGUGGCGUCCUGGUCAUUGCCCUGCCAGUUCCUGUGAUCGUUUCCAACUUUAGCCGGAUUUACCACCAGAAUCAAAGAGCUGAUAAACGCAGGGCGCAAAAGAAGGCCCGCCUUGCCAGGAUCCGUGUGGCCAAAACAGGCAGCUCCAACGCCUACCUGCACAGCAAGCGGAAUGGGCUCCUCAACGAGGCACUGGAGCUGGCGGGCACCCCAGAGGAGGAGCACAUGGGCAAGACCACCUCACUCAUCGAGAGCCAGCACCACCACCUGCUGCACUGCCUGGAGAAAACCACUGGGUUGUCCUAUCUUGUGGAUGAUCCCCUGUUAUCUGUACGAACCUCCACCAUCAAGAACCACGAGUUCAUUGAUGAGCAGAUGUUUGAACAGAACUGCAUGGAGAGUUCAAUGCAGAACUACCCAUCCACAAGGAGCCCCUCGCUAUCCAGCCACCCUGGCCUCACCACCACCUGCUGCUCCCGUCGUAGCAAGAAGACCACACACCUGCCCAGCUCCAACCUGCCAGCCACACGCCUGCGCAGCAUGCAGGAGCUCAGCACCAUCCACAUCCAGGGCAGCGAGCAGCCCUCCCUCACUACCAGUCGCUCCAGCCUUAAUUUGAAAGCAGACGACGGACUGAGACCAAACUGCAAAACAUCCCAGAUCACCACAGCCAUCAUCAGCAUCCCCACUCCCCCAGCGCUAACCCCAGAGGGGGAGAGUCGGCCACCCCCUGCCAGCCCAGGCCCCAACACGAACAUUCCUUCCAUAGCCAGCAAUGUUGUCAAGGUCUCUGCCUUGUAAAACCACUGGACAGAGGGCCAGAGGGGUAGUGGGGAGUGAGGGGGGGCUGGCAUGUUGGUGGGUGGCCACUGGGACCACCCCCUACCCCUUCCCCACUAUUUCUGCCUGCCCAUUGUACCCCUAGCACUGAGACUUGCGCCUGGAAGGAAAAGGAGGCCGCAAAGGGGUGCCUGAGGUUCACGCUGGUGGCGUGGACACAGGCUUGUGACACUGCAUCUCACUGGGGCCAGAGGAAGGGAGGGAGGGUGGGGGG